AGUGUGUUAAGAAAAAGGAGACGAAACGUUUCGUUUAACACUGAGGGGCAAGUGUAUCGUUUCUGGUUAGGGCGCAACCGUCUCUGUCAUCGGAUAUCAGCAAUUCAGUGUUCCAAACCGACCCGUUUUUCUUCCUCUUCUUCAAAUUCCCCACUUUUCAAUUGGUUCCAGAAAACAACAGGUUUUGACGUGUUGGAUUCGAACAAUGGACACCCAAAGUGGUGAAGACACUGUUGAUAUUGAUCUUGGAGGUGUUUCAUCCAGUGGAGAAGCGAUUGGGGAUCUGGGUGAUGACAUUGUCACAGUGCUCACUGGGCUGGAAUUGAAUGUUGCAUGUUUCUCUGAGAAAGUUGCAAACUUUAGCAAUUUUGUGAUGCACUUGGAAACUCUUGGGUUUGAAUUGGAGGGCUUGGAUCUGGAGAAAGAAGACAAUGAUGUGGACAACAUGGAUUGUGUUGGGAAGUUUCUGGAGUUUGAUCUGUUGUGUGGGGUGUUGGGUUCUGAGAUUGUGGAAUUGGAUAGGUUCCUGGACACCCUUCAUGCUGAAAUUGCUGAUUCUGGGGAGAGGGUGGCCUCUUGCAAGACUUGGCAAGACAAGUUGGUUGAUUCUGAGCAAUGUUUGAGGCAGUCUGAGAUGCAGUUUUCAGAGAUUAAGAAACAGUCUGCUAGUUUUGAGAGGACUCUGUCUUCUUAUAAGAGGGGAGGAAAUGAUAAUGUUGAAGAGGGUGAGAUCAUCUUAGAGGAUGAUGAAUCUUUAAAUGUAAGCACAGUGAUAAACAUGCAAACACCUGAGCAACAAAGACAUGUUCUGAGGAUGCUAGAGAAAUCUUUAGCAAAUGAAAUAGAUCUUGAGAAGAAUUUCAUCGACUCAAGGCAAAUUGAAGAAAAGCUAAAACAAAAGAUGGUUUCUUUAGAACAAGAGCUAAUUCUCAUGGAGGAAGAAGCAACUGAUGCUUGUGAGAGAUGGCUUGAGGCAGAUAAUGCAAGUGAGAUACUGACGGGAAUUUCAAAACAACUGUUGGGUAGACUUCAGAUUUCCCAGUUCAAUUUGAAUGGUUUAAGUCAGCGUGAAUCUGAACUCAGAACUAAGCUUGAAACUUGUAUAGAACAAUUGAAAGAGAAGGAUGUUGUUUCGGACAAGAUUGAACAAUUGAAUGAUAAACUAAUUCUUGCCAAUUCUCAGGUUGUUGCUUUAAGCGUCGAGGUGUGUUCACUUGAGAAGCAGCUAAAAGAAUCUGAAUGCCAGGUACUGAAUGUGAAGGCUUCUGCUGAUGAAUAUCAGAAACAGUAUAAUAUUCUGUGUUCUGAAGUGAGAGACAUGGAAGAAGUUAUUGUUGAAUUGAAAGAAAAUGUAUCUAAUGCGGAAAGUCGGGCUAAUACUGCAGAAUCUCUGUGUAAGUUAUUGACAGAGACUAACGAUGAACUCAACAAGCAGUUGGCUCUUUUGAAAGAUGGUGGUGGCAAAUCUGAGAGGGUAGAGUCACUUGAGAGGCAGCUAAGGGAAUCCGAUUUACAGCUGCAGCAAGCAGUAGCAUCUGCUGAAGCUAGUCAAGAGAAGCAAAGUAUGUUGUAUUCCACAAUUAAAGAUAUGGAGCAUGUGAUAAAGGAUCUUAAGUCAAAGGUUUCUAAAGCUGAGAGUCGGGCUGACAGUGCAGAGGAGAAAUGCAUCAUAUUAUCUGAAUCUAAUAGUGAUUUAAACGAGGAAUUAAACUUCUCGAGGAGUAGAUUGGAAUGCUUGGAGGGAUCACUACACCAAGUGGAGGAAGCCAAAGUGGCAUCUGCAAAAGAUAUCGGAAAGCAGACCAAAGUAUUCAAAAAUUUGGUGAUGCAGCUGGCUGUUGAGAGAGAGCGUCUUAAUAAGCAGCUGUCCUCCUUAGCAAGUGAGAACAAAAUAUUGGUAGUGAAGCUAAAGCAGACAAAUAAGCAUCCUUCUCAAGAAGUUACUGUGACUUUUGCUACUGACCAUGAGGUGGACAGAACUUGGAAAAAUUCAUCUACAAAUGAUAAUGAAGUAAAGUUUACAGAUACUAUGCCAGAUGCUGGUACUGUGAGGAGAAUAGAUGCAGGAGUUCUUAAUUUUAAGCAUUUAUUCAUGUUAUUAGUGCUUGUCUUACUGUUUUCAGCCGUGACUUAUCUGAAUGUCGAUGCCAAUCUUUGAAUGAAUGGUCAGAGUUUUUUCCCUUGUUUUUUGAGAUCUAGGUGGGGAAUUGGGGAAUGAGGUGUGGAUGGAUGGAAUCCCCCAACCUCAAAUACCACAAUGCCAGGUUAGUAUAGGUUACAAGGCCAUUGACAUUGUAGGUUUCAAUGCUAGUCAUUGUGUAGCCAUAUCAAUCAAAUUUUGUUCUAAUGGAGUAUAUGAUUGUGGUAGAUAUGAUCCUUAUCUCUUCUAACAAGUUUUGAGUCUAUACUUUUAUUGCCA